AUGAUGUCAUUAAUUUUUUAUGUUUUGUUCCCUUCAGCUUUGGCCCAAUUAGAUAGUGUUAAUUGCAUAUUUGAAUAAGUGUUUGAUAUUGAUACUUAUGAGGAUCUCAUUGAUAAAGCAAAAUUUGGAAAUGGAUCUAUUGAUGUAAUUCAAACAACUAAGAAACUUUUAUUGUUAGAUUAAGAUCUAAAUGUUUUAAACUCAACACUUGGUCCUAAAACUACUGGUUAUAGUUGUAACAGAGUAAUUGGAUAUCCAUUAGAAAAUAUCUUUUUUGUUGGUUGUCAAUAAAAUGGAUCUGAAGCUUACUUAUAAGGUUAUUAAUGUUAUGGAGUAAAUUGUAAUCCUUUUGGAGGCAUGGUUUAUAUACCUUUAGGAGUCUAAUUAUUUGAUAAGGCUAUUGUAAUUGGAAAUACUUUAAUAAUGUUACAAAAUGACAGAAUUCUAUUUUAUACAAUAGUCAUAUAAACAAAUGCUUGGUAUAUGAGAACAACAUCUUAUAUUUUUGAUAAAAUCUACUUUAAUAGAAAUAGUCUAUAAUUAACAGAUUUUGAUGUUAAAUCAUAUUAUAUUGAUUCUUAAUUAGUUUAUCGAUUGUUAAUGACUGAAAAAAAUGAUGGUGUACUAUGGGUUGAUUCAAUUUUAAGAACUAACAAUUUGGUUCCUUAUAGUUAAGGAUACAUUCCUUUGAGAUAAGCUAUUAUUUCUCUCAAAUCAACUACCAAAUUCAAAAGUGCUGCUUUGUGGAAAGUUAGUGAAAAUUUAUCUUAGUUUAUUAUAACUACUGAUUUUGAAGAUAAUUAUUAAAUUUUAUAUUAAGCAAAUAAAACCAUUGUUGAAGCUGUAUUAAAUAGAUACAAGGAUUGGACAUAAAUAAGUUAUGUUACUUUGAAAGGAAAUGCUGUAGCUAUUCCAUAUCAGAAUUCUUAAGGAACAGUUGUUACACCUCUUUAUAAGAUUAAAUCACUUACAGAUUCAAAUGAGAUUGUUUAGCUCAAUUAAGAUUAUAACGAUUUGCUAUUUUCCAGUUCAUUAAAACACUUUUUGAUAUAUUUUGUAGAUAACGAUUUUGUAAUCUACAAAAGUGAUGCUGAUUCCUUUACAAAAUGUAAGUUGAAUCAGUACAAUAACAUCAUCAAUUAGUGA